GUGGGGGUUCCUGAUGCGUCUGUGGGCGUUAACAUCACCUGGAUGAUUUGAGCACGCCAACACAAAGGAGUAUAAAUGCAAGCAAGGACCAGACAUCAGACACAACAGACGGAAGGAAAGGACACACCUACACUGUCUUACAGAGGUGUAAAGAAGAGCAAGAGAAGAAGCGCAGGCUACCAUUCAUCCACCUUUUGAUGAUUUGCAAACAACUUACUUUGGUUGUUCAUUUGUAGACAACAAUGAGCUCCAUAAGCCAACGUAUCCAAGACUAUAUGAUGGAAAGGAGGAGACGAAAGACCAGGCUAGUGAGGAAAGAUGGCCGCUGCAACAUUGAAUAUGGGAACAUCAAGUACAGCACACACUUUGCCUUCCUGGCUGACUUCUGGACCACCUUUGUGGAGAUCCGAUGGCGUUUUGUCCUCCUCUUUUUCAGCGCAUCAUUCUCCUUAAGUUGGUUCAUUUUUGCACUGCUGUGGUACUGGAUCGCCAAAAACAAUGGAGAUCUGUGGUGGCAAAACCCCCCCUCAAAUCACACUCCAUGUGUCGUGAACGUUUAUGGACUCACCUCAGCAUUCCUCUAUUCGUUGGAAACCCAGACAACCAUUGGGUACGGCGCACGAUGGAUCACACCUUUGUGCCCAGGUGGUGUGGCUAUAAUCGUCAUCCAGACCCUUUUUGGAAUAUUUAUCAAUUGCUUCUUGUGUGGAGUCGUCCUGGCCAAGAUCUCCUUACCCAAAAAGAGGGCGAAAACCAUCACAUUCAGUGAGAUGGCUGUCAUCUGUCCCAAAAACGAUUCUCUUUGCCUGUCAAUCAGAGUGGCCAACCUGCGCAAGACCCUGAUGAUUGGGAGCCAGAUUUAUGGCAAGUUGUUGAGAACGACCACAACACAAGAUGGGGAGACCAUCAUCAUGGAUCAGGUGAACAUUGACUUUGUGGUAGAUGCUGGGAAGGACAACCUUUUCUUUGUAUGUCCUCUCACGUUGCACCACAUCAUUGACAAGAGCAGCCCUUUCUUUGAGAUGGCUGUGGACACAUUACACAAUCAAGACUUUGAGCUGGUGGUCUUCCUCGACGGCACAGCAGAGUCCACAAGUUCUUCCUGCCAAGUGCGAACCUCCUACCUCCCUCAGGAGAUCAUGUGGGGCUACAACUUUUUGCCCAUCAUCUCCAGAAACAAAGAGGGUAAAUACAGAGUAGACUUUUCCAACUUCUCCAAAGUGGUACCUGUGGCUACUGCACACUGUUCAUACUGUUACCAUAAUAUCAAAGGUAAUCAUCUUCAUUCCAGGGAUGGACAUGACAACCUUGGCUUUGCGGUGAUUGACAUGAAUGAUCCCAUCGAUGUUACCAAAAUGUGAGAUCUUACAUGCAAAACAGGCCCCCAAAACACCUGGCUGUUGGUGGUUUGGGAUGCUCAAGAAUGAACUUCUCAAAGACAGACAGCUGGAGGGAGUCAGAAGCCAGACACCCUCAUUACUUGCACUAAAAUAUGCCUUCUGAUGCCUUCUGGUCUUACAUAAGAUUUAUAUGGGUUACAUAAAGGAAACACAAAUUACUGUUUUUUUUUUGGAACUAUACAUUUAAACUAAUACUUGUAGAAUCAGAGGAUGAUCAGGCUUCUGCCAUGGCUGGCACAGCUGCUCAAUAAAUCACAAAAGGUGAUGCUUUCUAUUGACAAAUGGCUGGACUCUGGGUCCAGUCUUUUAAAACUGUGAGUUAYUUGUGUUUUUUUACUUUUGUAGAAUGAAGAUACUGUAUUAUGAGAGAACAAUUCUCUGAGGCAUUACUUAUUUUGUCUGCGUGCAGAACUGACUGAAGCACAAAUAAGUUUGUAAAGUCUUUUUGUAAAUGUUUUUCUCAGGGGUAAUUUUAAUAAAAACUAUUUUUACACUCUAAAAA